AAAAGACGAGAAUGCUUUAGCAGCGUUGAAAAAAUCAAAAUAUUAAAAGAUUAAGGAUUCUGAUAUGUCUAUUGAUGAAGCGGGUUUAUUAAGGGUUCAGGAAUUAAUUGAAGAAAGUUAUAAAAAUCUAGAAGAUACAAGUAUUCAACAAAAGGCAUUUCAAGAAUCUUUAAAAUAUCUUGGAGGACUUGGUGAAGAUGAACAUUGGUUUUGUACUAAUAAAUUGGAUGCAUUAAUUAAGGAAUCGUUACAGUUGUUUAUGUUUUCAAAGAGUGAUGCUUUAUUGUGGUUAAAGACGAAGAUUAGAGUUCAACUUGGAAGAUGUUAUUCAUGUAUUAAGCAUUAUCAUAUUUUGAAAGAUGAGAUUGAAACAUCCUAUGAAGGGCAUGAAUAG